UGUUUGCUUGCUCCUCGGACACGAAUGGAGCUGCCGUUAGUUUAGGGUUGUAGCGCUCUGAACACACUCCAUUCUGGACUCUGUCUGUCAAACGACACCGUUUCGCCAUUCAUCGAACGAUAGCGUCUUCAUUUCCUUUUCUCUCACUGUUAUAUCUGGAUUUAAGGGUGAAGAGAAUAGUUAUGGCGGAUUUAGAAAAUUUGCUUUUGGAGGCAGCGGGGAGAACACGACAUUCUUGUCAACCUUCAAGAAGAGGACAUGGUGGUGGUGGUGGCAGUGACUCUAGGGAGGAUGAUUCGGAGGAUGAACAUGAUUAUUCAGGUCGGAAGCCCUCUAGCUUGCAAGUUCCCCUAAAGAAGAGGUUUGAUCCAAUCGAACGAGAUGAUGGUGAGAGAAGUAAGGAUGAAGGGGAUGAUGAUGUUGGUGGCCGAUGUUAUCACGAGGGCGAUAGCAGUGAUGAAUCUGAUUUUGGUGAUGAUCUUUAUAAGAAUGAAGAUGACAGGCUUAAUCUGUCGGAGAUGACUGAACUUCAAAGAGAGAUGAUAUUGUCAGAAAGGGCUACCAAGAAGCAUGAUAAAUAUUUCUUGGGGAAGAUAGCAUCAAAGCGUGAGAAGGGAAAGAAAACUGUAGCCGGGAAACAGACUUCACCUCUCCCGCCAUCUCGUGUGCGUUCAUCAGCCAGAUCUGCCGACAGGUCAACUGCCAAGGAUGGUGCAUUAAAUGAAUUGCGUGCAAAACGGUUAAAGCAGCAAGAUUCAGAAGCAAACCGCAGGCCAAGUGAGGCAUCUAGAAGUUCAGGGCCUGGGCAUUUUUCACCAAAGCACAAACCUUUCCCAAAUCUCAGUAGCUCAAGUGAUAGUGAAACUGAAAGUAAGUCCCUGAGUGAUAAUGAAGGGUUGAGUGAUGACGACAGAAUCAUCGACAGUGAUGAUGACAGGAUAAUGUUAGGAUCUGAAGGGCUUUCAUUUGAGGAUAUAAAAGAAAUCACCAUUCGGAGAUCAAAACUUGCAAAAUGGUUUAUGGAGCCUUUUUUUGAGGAGUUAAUUGCUGAUUGUUUUGUAAGAGUUGGUAUUGGUCGCCCAAAGUCAGGGCCUAUCUACAGGCUCUGCAUGGUAAAAAAUGUUGAUGCCAGAGAUCGUGCUCGGCAGUAUAAAUUAGAAAAUAAAACCACACACAAGUACUUAAAUCUUGUCUGGGGAAAUGAAACUUCUGCUGCAAGGUGGCAAAUGGCUAUGAUUAGCGACUCUCCUCCAAAGGAGGAAGAGUUCAUCCAGUGGGUUAAGGAAGUAGAGAGAAGAGGUGGCCGGAUGCCAACAAAGCAAGAAGUGGCAGAAAAAAAAGAAGCUAUACUAAAGACCAACUUGUUUGUUUACUCAGCAGCUACUGUGAAGCAGAUGUUACAAGAGAAAAAAUCUGCCAAAACAAGACCACUAAAUAUUGCAGCUGAGAAGGAUAGGUUAAGGACAGAAUUGGAAAUAGCACAUAGUAAGAAUAGUAAAGCUGAAGUGAAGAGGAUCAUGACAAGAUUGGAAGAAUUGGAGGAAUCACGGAAAGCUAAGAGGAUGGAUGCCAGGGCUUUGAAGCUUGCUGAGAUGAAUAGAAAGAACAGGUUUGAGAACUUCAAAAAUGCUUCUGAAUUGAAGCCAGUAAAUAAAGAAUUGAAAGCAGGGGAGGCAGGUUAUGAUCCUUUUUCAAGGAGAUGGACUAGAUCAAGGAAUUACUACUCUGGAAAACCAGCUGAAGAGGGUGCAGCUGAAAAUAAUAGUGCAGGUGGUGAUACAGGCAGCUACCACACAGGAGCAGCUGAGACCGUGAUGGCUGGUACGGCAGCUACUACUGCAGCUUUGAAAGCUGCUGCCGGUGCUGGGAAGUUAGUAGACACAAGCGCUCCGGUGGAUCAAGCCACAGAGUCAAAUGUGCUGCACAAUUUUGAGCUGCCAAUAUCAUUGGCUACACUCCAAAACUUUGGUGGAGCCAAAGGAGUUCAGGCAGGAUAUAUGGCAAAGAAACAAAGAAUAGAAGCAACAGCUGGAUUUAAAGUCCUGGAAAAUGAUCGUCAGAAGCAUGCGCUGACAUUAACAGUUAGUGAUUACAAGAGAAGAAGAGGGCUAAUUUGAAACCUCUUGAAGUAAUAACUUUCAUCAGGUGAUCAUGGAGUUUUCAUUUUCUUUUGCCUUCCCCAAAAUUAAAAUUAAAGAAAAUUGUUAAAUACAAGUGCUACCUUGUUUAUAUGAUUCAACAUUGGUUUGUACUGGAUGCUUGGAAGAGAGCUGGAUAGUCACACAGAAAGUUGGGUACCUUGACAACAAAAUAUUAAAAAUAUGACGUUGUUUGUUUCAAUCUUCUUUACUCUGUUAAAUACAAUUGACAUGCUAUGGCUUAAGGAUGCUAUCAAAACAUUAUCCA